AUUUAUGUAGUUUCUGUAAGUUGAUAAACAAGAAACUUACUUUACUGCACUUCUCCCACUCACGCGCAUUGCGCGACGAGAUCGAUUGAAAGUGUCAGAACACACGUGCUCGUCGUCUGCUCCUUGGAAGCUCUCAAAGUGACACAGGUUAUGCGUAUUAUAAAAGAUUCUUAUUUGUAAAAAAUACUUGAGAGUGUAGUAAUUUAGUUAAUCAUAAUGGUGAAUAAUAUAGAAGAUUGUACCCCAAUAAUAGAAAAUACGACCAAUCAAGAUAUAACAGUUUCUAUUCCUUGCAACGAUGACAAUCAACAAUCUCAAGAUGUAAACAAAGAUGUUACUUUAACUAAAAGACAGUUAAAAAAAAUUAAGAAACGCGAACAAUGGUUAGAGCGAAAGGGAGAAAAAAGAAAAAAAGAAAGAGCUAAAGCCAAAGAAAGGAAAGCAUAUGCUAAAGCCAAUAACAUUGAUCUUGGCCCAUCUAGAAAGCAAUUAAAAAGCUGUACAAUGGCUGACAGUCCAUGCAAAUUAAAUGUGACCAUUGAUUGUUCUUUUGAUGAAUUGAUGAUUAGCAAAGAUAUUGGUAAACUCAUUAAACAAACUUUACGGUGCUAUUCAUUAAAUAGAAGAGCAGUUGCUCCAGUGCAAUUUUCUCUAAGCAACUUUCAAGGUUUAACUCUGGCUGAAAUGAGUAAACAUAAUGGUUAUGAAAAUUGGGAUGUUAAAUUUCACUCUCAAAAUUACUUGGAUAUUUUUCCUAAAGAUAAAAUUGUAUACCUGACUAGUGAAUCUGAUAAUGUAAUAGAAAAAUUGGAUCAUGAUAAUAUUUAUGUGAUUGGUGGUCUGGUCGAUCAUAAUAGUCAAAAAGGCUUAUGUCAUAAACUAGCUGUUGAAAAUGGUGUAAAACAUGGAAGGUUACCAUUAGAUCAUUAUUUACAAAUGAAAGCUAGAAAAGUUUUAACGAUAGACCAUGUCUUUGAAAUAAUUCUUCGAGUAACUGAAGGAAAAUCUUGGCAAGAAGCUUUCUUACAAGUAUUGCCAGAACGUAAAAAUGCCAAACCUGUCCUGGAGAAUUCCCAAACAGUGGAUAGCGGUACCGAUGAAUCACAAAAAUCACAAAGUGAUGAAGAAGGAAAGGAUAUGCCUACAAGUGAGGUUGAAAAGUCUUGAUAUUUGUUCAAAUUGAUGAUUUUUAUUUAAAUCAAUUGGUUGCCAACAUUUUUUUGGAUCUUCCAAACAUUAAUUGUUCCAUAUUGAACUGUUUUUCUUGCUUUCGUUCAAGAAACUGUACAUAUAAUUUUUAUUUAAUCUUAAAAAUAUUAAAUACGUUUAUGCUACUUACAUAACUAAAUAUAUGUAUAUAAUAUAUUCUAUUAAAAAUUUAUUUAUACAAUUGAAAUGAAUUAAUUUGCGACCAUAAACUACAGACUCGCUGCAGAAAAGCAAAAAUUUUAGCUUCAACUGAAAAUGACAAAUUUUUUAAUUGCCAAGACGAUAUUUAAUUUCAAAAAUC